CAGCAGGCCUGACGCAGCAGCUCCUCUAACAGCAGAGGUUUGAGAAGUUGGUUUGAUUGAAUGAGAAGUCAAACGGAGACUCUGGAGAAUAAAGCUUUGAAGAGUUUGAAGUGAGUAGCUGCUGUCCGUCCUCGGCCUCCGGCAGGAUGCUGCCUCUGCGGGUGCUGCGGGCCGCUGUGGCGCGUCAGGUCGCUCCACGUCUGACCUACAGCACUGCAGCUCAGCCACAGGAGAAGCUCAAAAAAACCACAUUUGGUCCUUUGAGUGACCAAGAUCGGAUAUUCACCAACUUAUACGGCCGGCAUGACUGGAGACUCAAAGGAGCAGUCAAACGAGGUGACUGGUAUAAGACUAAGGAGAUUAUACUGAAGGGACAAGACUGGAUCCUGAAUGAGGUGAAAAUCUCAGGGCUCCGGGGCAGAGGGGGCGCAGGCUUCCCCACCGGCAUGAAGUGGAGCUUCAUGAACAAACCCAGCGAUGGCAGGCCUAAGUACCUGGUGGUGAAUGCUGAUGAAGGGGAGCCGGGGACGUGUAAAGACAGAGAGAUAAUGCGUCAUGACCCCCAUAAGCUGAUAGAGGGCUGUCUGGUGGCUGGAAGAGCCAUGGGCGCCCGUGCUGCAUACAUCUACAUCAGAGGAGAGUUUUACAAUGAGUCAUCAAAUCUGCAGGUGGCCAUUAACGAGGCCUACAAAGCAGGGCUGAUAGGGAAGAACGCCUGUGGCUCAGGAUACGACUUUGAUGUGUUUGUGAUGCGAGGAGCUGGAGCUUAUAUCUGCGGAGAAGAGACGGCCCUUAUCGAGUCUCUUGAGGGCAAACAAGGGAAACCGCGACUCAAGCCGCCAUUCCCUGCAGACAUAGGGGUGUUUGGAUGCCCGACGACUGUUUCCAAUGUGGAAACUGUUGCUGUGGCGCCUGCGAUCUGUCGCCGAGGCGGAGCUUGGUUCGCCAGCUUUGGGAGGGAGAGGAACUCUGGAACCAAGCUGUUUAACAUCUCCGGUCAUGUGAACACACCGUGCACAGUGGAGGAAGAGAUGUCAAUCCCUCUGAGAGAGCUAAUAGAGAGGCACGCAGGAGGAGUGAGGGGCGGCUGGGACAAUCUAUUAGGAGUGAUCCCAGGGGGGUCCUCUACUCCCAUCAUCCCGCGGCACGUGUGUGAUGAUGUUUUGAUGGAUUUUGAUGACCUGGUCCGCGCAGAGACUGCUUUGGGCACUGCUGCCAUCAUAGUCAUGGAUAAAUCGACUGAUGUGAUCCGAGCCAUUGCUCGUUUGGUUGAGUUUUACAAACAUGAGAGCUGUGGCCAGUGCACCCCCUGCAGAGAGGGAGUGGACUGGAUGGAUAAUAUGAUGUGGAGAUUUGUUCGAGGAGAAGCAGCAGUUUCAGAGAUUGACAUGAUCUGGGAGCUGAGCAAGCAGAUAGAGGGACACACUAUUUGUGCCCUCGGGGACGGAGCUGCCUGGCCUGUGCAGGGGCUGAUCCGCCACUUCCGGCCAGUCAUGGAGGGCCGCAUCUCUCAGUAUAACCAGAAAAACCCUCCAAGAGAGCCGGAGCUUGAGAUGAUCUGACACCAAACAGAAUCCAUUUCAGGAUUUGUUGCGUCACAGCAGUGUUAUUAUAGCUCAUCAUGCUAUACACUAUUUUUAAUAUAGUUUUUAAAUGUGAAAAUAUUUCUGUUGUUAAGAAUGCACAGUUCAAGUUGUAUUGCAUAAACUUAAGUUUCUCCCAGUUUUAUUAUUGCAAAACCUACAGUCAGCAGAUAUAGUGAGAUCAAGUUAAUCUACUGUUUAUUCUGGAGGACAGAACUGUCAACAGCUAAGUGGCAGUCUUGGUCCUUUUGCAGAGACCUUAAUAAGGAAAAGACAUAAUGCAAUGAAUUUGAAACUCACACAGUGCAAUAAAUUAAGUUUAUUUAUUUCAUAAAAGCAAGAAAUAAAUUUAAUAGGUUUACUACAUAUUAGUCCAAUAUGAUCUGUACAAAAAGACCAGAAUAGCAAAGGAUGAUUUGUUUGACUUGGACAGGGAAAGGAAAAGGGGAUGAGAAGGUAGGAAAUUUUGGAAAUGAAAAUUGAUUGGUGAUGUACAACAUCAUUGCCAUGUGAUAUUGUUUUUACAAAGACACUAUAUUCAAACA